AUGAAGCGUCCUGAAGGAACCAGCCAAGGAUUCGUUCCCCGAGUAAGUUUGCCAGCUAGCAGCCAGCAGCCAGCAGCCAGCAGCAGAUGUGUGGGUGGGUCUCUGAUUUGGCUGGCGGCUUCUCUCAAGUUGGUUUUAACGGUUGUCGACUAUUGCGACAAGAAAAUCUGCGCCGACCAUCAACCCAAUAACGGUUGCAACAACGAGCGGAUGCUCUUGUCGAAAUGGCCGGCAGGAUCCAAAAUCGUAGAGGUGACCGACGAGCUGAAGAAGCUCAUCCUGGACACCCACAACAAGUACCGGAGCAUCCUCCAUGCCGACACUUGGGAUGACGACCUGGAGGACACGGCUCAGAUGAAUGCCUAUCAGUGCGUUAAGGCUCACGAUCCUUGCCACAACACGGAUAAGUAUUUGAACUCCGGGCAGAAUAUUAACAAGGUCAGUACCACGGAAGAGAUCAACAUAUGA